CCCCCGGACCCACCAUGACGUUCAAGCAGGCGUCCAUGAUGGCCCCAGAGGCCGCGGCCACCACUGUGCCCAUGGCCACCAUGGAGAACUCCACUGAGGCCGCGGGGCCGGGUGAGAGCAAGGAGGACAUGUUCGCCAAGCUGAGGGAGAAGUUCAUGAAUGAGCUCAACAAGAUCCCCCUGCCGCCCUGGGCCCUCAUCGCCAUCGCUGUGGUCGCCGGCCUCCUCAUCCUCACCUGCUGCUUUUGCAUCUGCAAGAAGUGCUGCUGCAAGAAGAAGAAGAACAAGAAGGAGAAGGGCAAAGGCAUGAAGAACGCCAUGAACAUGAAGGACAUGAAGUCGGGCAACCAGGACGAUGACGACGCGGAGACGGGCCUGACGGAGGGGGAAGGUGAAGAGGAGGAGAAGGAGCCAGAGAACCUGGGCAAGCUGCAGUUCUCGCUGGACUACGAUUUCCAGGCGAACCAGCUGACGGUGGGGAUCCUCCAAGCCGCCGAACUGCCAGCCCUGGACAUGGGCGGCACCUCGGACCCCUACGUCAAGGUGUUCCUGCUCCCUGACAAGAAGAAGAAGUACGAGACCAAGGUGCAGAAGAAGACACUCAACCCUGCCUUCAAUGAGACCUUCACCUUCAAGGUCCCCUACCAAGAACUGGGCGGGAAGACGCUGGUGAUGGCCAUCUACGACUUCGAUCGCUUCUCCAAGCACGACAUCAUCGGCGAGGUGAAGGUGCCCAUGAACACGGUGGACCUGGGGCAGCCCAUCGAGGAGUGGCGGGACCUGCAGAGUGGCGAGAAGGAGGAGCCAGAGAAGCUCGGUGAUAUCUGCAUCUCCCUGCGGUACGUGCCGACGGCCGGGAAGCUCACUGUCUGCAUCCUGGAGGCCAAGAACCUGAAGAAAAUGGAUGUGGGGGGCCUCUCAGAUCCCUACGUGAAGAUUCACCUACUGCAGAACGGGAAGAGGUUGAAGAAGAAGAAGACCACAGUCAAGAAGAAGACCUUAAACCCCUACUUCAACGAGUCCUUCAGCUUUGAGAUCCCCUUUGAGCAGAUACAGAAAGUGCAGGUGGUCAUCACAGUGCUGGACUAUGACAAGCUGGGGAAGAAUGAAGCCAUCGGCAAGAUAUUCACGGGCUGCAACUCCACCGGCACGGAGCUGCGGCACUGGUCCGACAUGCUGGCCAACCCCCGGCGGCCCAUUGCCCAGUGGCACUCGCUGAAGCCAGAGGAAGAAGUAGAUGCAGCUCUCGGGAAAAAUAAAUAGGAAGAUCUGCUGGCCAGCGUGGAAUGGGCCUGUGGACAGUCAAAGCAACCCAGAGCUACCGAUACCUCAGUUACGCAACCUUUGGUUUUGGUUCUGUUUUAUUUUUUUGGUUCUGUUUUAAGCUGAAAUACCCUUUGACGGCUGUGGAAGGGUUUCCAGACAGUCCCAAUAGCUUCCAGGGGAAGAGGUUUAAGACGGAUGGUUCUUUUCAUUCUCCAGCAUCGCUCCCUUCGGCCGCAUGCCCCAUCACCUCCACCCGCCAUCCCUUCCCGGCGUGAAGCCACCGCCAUGCCUGGGGCUCCCCAGGUGGCCCAGCACCAGCCCACGGCAUCGCUGCCUCCGUCCUUCCUGUGGGCCCACGUGGGAACCGGCGGGCGUCUUUGUGUGGAGGUGACACCGGAGCCUGAUAACGCAAGGUGACCAGGCUCACUGUGCUUGCUUGGGGCAUGGACACCUGUGUGGGCACCAACACAGUGGAGAAGACCUUCUGCAGGAGGCCCAGGGGCAUCCCCGCACCCGCUCUGCCUCCUCCCAGCCCUCCCAGUUGGGAAGGGUGAGAGACGUGGUUUUGGGCUGCCUGCGGCCAGCUCCAGGUUUGGCUUCUUCUGGGGAGAGGUUUGGGGGGGGGGGCGGGUCUUGUGCUGCAGAAGACAUUGUGGUGGGUGCUGAGCCCUUGGUGUGGUGGCCAGACCCCACGGGAUGGGUGCAGGUAGCUGCAGACAGCUUUUUGUAGGGGAUGCAGCAGGGGCUGGGCAUGCAGCGGCAGCGCUGUGGGCACGCUCUGGUUGGGGCCACGGUGUGGACGGCUGCUGUCGUGUUACCAGAGGCUGAGUUAGGGAGCUCUGGGGUGGUUUGCACGCACCUCGUGUCACACUUGGCACGGCCGUGUGCCUCCUGGAGACACUGGAUCGCAGCCUGGAGCUCUGGGUGCUUCCACGAGGCUGGGUUACAUGGAGAGGUACCUGAUGCUGGGGGAGCAGGCACCCCAGAGCAGUGCCUGGUGCCAUACUCGAGGCCCCAGUGCGUCCCUGGGGCUGAGCCCUGCCAUGGGCACCCCAGCACGGCCCUGGGGGAGCUCUGGGGAGCUCCAGCCCCACUGCUGCAUCCCACCACCAGCGGGGAGGGCGAGAGCCAUCCCAUGGCCAAGGAGGGGCUGCAGACCCCCCAGGCCCCACGGGCUGCUCUACCCCCGUCCCUGUCCCUCUCCCCUCGGGCAGUGUGAGCUGGAAAGCCAACACCAUUCCCUGUGGCUGGGCAGCCCUGCCCAGUUCAGCCCAGUCUGUACUGGAGCAUGGGGUGUCCCCGCGCCACCUCUGACUCCCCGGCAGCCUCAAGCUUGCUGCUCUGCUCGGCUUCCCUGGGCUCGGGCGGACCUUCACCUUCAUCCGUGGCUGCUCCAGGCCAGCGCUGCCUUGUGCUUGCUGGUCCUCGAGGUCAUGGGGCAGGUUGUGGUGGGGGAAGGUCCUCAACAAGUGGAGUGAAGCAGCAAAGGGUGUUGCAUGCUCAGCGAGGAAGAGAAAAAGAGCGCAGUGGGGAUGCCCCUGGCGUUGGGGAUGCUGCCUGGGGGGGGGUCUACACCUGGCCUGGGACCGCGGUGCACAGCACCCUGAGCCUGGGGACAAAGUGCCAAAGCUGAGCUCACCCUGGUGCCAUUGGAUGCUUCGGCAGCCCCUGCUUCCCAAGGGGCUUCCCACCCCAGGUGACGGCAGGGAGAAGAUGGGAAACGGUGGCAGGGGAUGGCCACUGCUCAGGGGGUUCAGGUUGGGCACAGGGACAAGCCCCUAACCCAGGAGGGACGUGCAGCCCUGGGACAGGUCCCCAGGUCUCCAUCCUUGGUGGGGGUUCAGGUCAACAAGGUCCUGCGUGGAUCAUGUAGCUGGAGGGAGAAGGAGACGCGGGGUGUUUUUAAUGAACAGGAGCACUGGGCAGGUGGCGUGGGGCGGUGGGGGUGGCUGAUGCCCCUCAUCUGGGGACAGUGUCAGGAAUCUCCCAAACCUCGGAGUCUGGCUGGGCACCACGGGGUUGUUUGCCUUGUGUUUGUAAAGACGAAAGAAUCAAGGAAUUGGCAAGAGCACCGAAACCCUCCUGUGGGUGGGCACGGUUCCGGCGUCUUCCUUGGGAAGCGGGCAGAGGAGCGCACAUGCCUGCGCACACACACACAGACACACAUGUACUCACACGUACACACAUGUACACACCAUGGGCACACCCCCACACCCACCCCUGCGCCCCCCUACAUGCCCACAGCCCACCCGCACCCCCCCAGCCCCGCCGCACCUCGCCUGCCGCCUGCAGGUUUGCAUUCGGACUCUUUAAGCCUCGGGGGAGGGGGAAACUGUGACUUUAAUACAUGAUUUAUUUUUAUUUUUAAUUUUAAUAAAAAAGGGGAAAUCAACCGACAUAUUUAAAAGCCAUCUGAGCUGCCUCUGACCCCCCCCCCUCCCCCUUUAGCUGUGUGUAGUUAACUGUAUGGAGACAUAGCUGUAUAUACCAUGACCAGUGCAUGCGCUGCAGCCACCUGUAACCAGCAGCAUGCUCCCAGCCCGAGCGCGGCGCUGCACGCUCUGCCCCGCGCCGCCGGCGCCUCUGUGCCCGACCAGCGAGGCGGAGUCGGUGAUGAACCAAACUCAUUGCCUGAGUGCUCUCCACCACCCCGGUUAUUCCCCCCCACCCCCC